CUCCACCGCACCGUCCUUCCCGAGCUCAAUCACUACUGUAAUUGUAAUUUUAUCCCAACAACCAGCCUCCAUCACCAACGGAGAAUGGAGACGCCAUUGCUGGACAGCACGUCGUCUUCCAGCAACGUAGACUACCAACCAGUGGUGAGCUUCGAGGAUGCCAAGUCAGUGUUCUGGUUAGAGACGGUUAAACUGUGGAAGAUUGCAGCUCCAAUUGUGUUCCAACUGGUGUGUGCGUACGGCGUAAUGUCCAUCACUAGCAUAUUCGUCGGACACAUCAGCGAGAUUGAGCUCUCUGGAGUCUCCGUUGCACUCUCCGUUAUUUUUACCUUUUCUUUUGGGUUCAUGCUUGGCAUGGGGAGUGCACUUGAGACACUAUGCGGUCAGGCUUAUGGUGCUCGGCAAGUGUAUUUGCUGGGGGUUUAUAUGCAAAGGUCUUGGAUUAUUCUGUGGGUUUCAUGUUUCUUCCUAUUGCCGAUUUACAUUUUUGCCACACCAAUUUUGAAGCUUCUUGGGCAGGAAGAUGAAAUAGCUGACAUUGCUGGAAAGUUCGCUAUACUAAUCAUUCCUCAAUUGUUUGCACUUGCCACUAGUUUCCCCACCCAGAAGUUCCUUCAGGCUCAAAGCAAGGUCAGAGUGCUUGCUUGGAUUGGGUUUGUGAGUCUGAUUAUACAUGUUGCAUGGCUUUGCCUCUUCAUUUACGUGUUUGAUUGGGGUACAACUGGUGCAGCCAUAGCGUUUAAUUUAACAUACUGGGAGAUCGCCAUCGCACAGGUUAUCUAUGUUAUUGUUUGGAGCAGAGAUGGGUGGCAUGGAUUGUCAUGGGCUGCAUUCAAGGAUAUAUGGGCUUUUGUCAGGCUUUCCAUUGCCUCAGCUGUGAUGCUUUGCCUAGAAGUUUGGUAUAUGAUGAGUAUAAUCAUUGUCACUGGCCAUCUUAACGAUGCCGUGACUGCUGUUGCUUCCCUGUCUAUUUGUCUGAACCUCAAUGGUUGCGAAGGUAUAUUGUUCAUUGGACUAAAUGCUGCAAUAAGCGUUCGGGUUUCAAAUGAGCUUGGAAUGGGACGCCCAAGGGCAGCCAAGUACUCUGUUUAUGUCACAGUGUUUCAGUCUCUCCUCAUUGGGCUUUUUUCCAUGGUUGUUGUAAUUCUAGCCAGGGACUACUUUGCCGUUAUUUUCACAAGCAGCAAAGAGCUGCAGCGAGCAGUCUCCAAGCUGGCCUAUCUCCUUGGUAUUACCAUGGUUCUCAACAGUGUCCAGCCCGUUAUAUCAGGUGUUGCUGUUGGGGGUGGAUGGCAAGCAUUGGUAGCUUAUAUUAACUUAGGUUGUUACUACGCUUUCGGUCUUCCUCUUGGUGUCCUCCUUGGUUACACGGCACACUUGGGAGUGAUGGGAGUUUGGGGGGGCAUGAUAUGUGGAACUGCCUUGCAGACAUUGCUACUGUUGUGUGUUCUUUAUAGAACGAACUGGAACAAGGAGGUGGAGCAAACCACAGAGCGGAUGAGGAAGUGGGGUGGCCAAGACUUGAAUAAAAAUGAAGAUGGGAAGAUAGCUGAUAACAUCUGAGAUUUUAGUUGUUAGAAGAGGAAGCUAAACUUUGAUAAUUUAGCAUUCUCCACAUAAUCUAUCUUCUUUCUACCUAAUUUCUUCAGUAGGGAUCAAAUCAGGCUGGCACUUGUUAGAUGCAGCCCUUUAAUUAGAGAUGAAAUAAUAGUAGACAUUUAUGGUAGUUAAAGCUUUAUCUCCAUGCAUGAAUCGUGGGAUGUAUGCAAUUAGAGUUCAUUCAAUGCUUACUGCUCUUUAACAUAGUAGAUUACUAGGUUCCAUUGUGCUAGACUUCUUCUCCAUGAUCUAUAAUGCACAUCUUUGCAUGGUA